CAUUGAAUUUAGUUUUCUGUGGAAUGAAAUGGUGAUUUGACUGAUGUGUUACUGAAAUGAACUAGAUAUUUCCCUUUUGCAUUUAAAACCUGUGUAUAUUUGAUUUAUCUAUAAUAAACUACAUACAUUAUGAUUACUUUACUUCCUUGACCGGUAAUGAUAUUCGUAGAUUGCAUACUUUGUGAGUUAUUUUGGUAAUCGGUGACAUUUCAGUGAAGUGCCUAAAUUGAUCAUGGAGGCUAUAGCCAAACACGAUUUCACAGCAACUGCUGAUGAUGAGCUCAGUUUUAAGAAGAAUCAGGUUCUCAAAAUACUUAACAUGGAGGACGAUAUGAACUGGUACAGAGCUGAACUCGAUGGCAGAGAAGGCCUCAUUCCUAGCAACUAUAUUCAAAUGAAAAGUCACAGUUGGUACUAUGGAAGAAUUACAAGAGCAGAUGCAGAGAAAUUGUUAACAAAUAAACCAGAAGGUGGAUUCUUGAUAAGGAUCAGUGAAUCAAGCCCCGGAGACUUCUCCCUAUCUGUGAAAUGUCAAGAUGGCGUGCAACACUUCAAGGUGCUCAGAGACGCGUCUAGCAAAUUCUUCCUCUGGGUGGUGAAGUUCAACUCUCUAAACGAGCUCGUGGACUACCACCGCACCGCGUCAGUGAGCCGCCUGCAAGAUGUCAAGCUCAGAGAUGUCGUCCCUGAGGAGAUGCUGGUACAAGCCCUGUACGACUUCACCCCCCAAGAGGCGGGCGAGCUGGAAUUUAGGCGCGGUGACGUCAUCACCGUCACAGACCGCUCGGACCAACACUGGUGGCAGGGCGAGAUAGCUCACCGCCGCGGGCUGUUCCCGGCGUCGUACGUGACCGCGUACCACUCAUAGUGCCCUCACGCCGCCUUGCCUCUCUACCGCCGUGUGUGCGUGUGCGCCGGUACAAUAGGAAACGUUGUAGUUUUCUUAAUUCGAUUCGUUAGUGGAUAGUGGGCUUUGAGCGAUUGUUACACCUGCACAAUUAAAAUCUAUUGGUUUUUUUUUUAUUUUGUCAGAUUAAGAUAGCUCAUCAGAUGCAUAACAGCGAUUGGCUGAUGAAAACGGCGACGCGAACAAUGUGUGGAAAUGUAAGGCUGAUUUCUAGUGACGUGCCGUUGCCGAAACGAGUAUCGCGUUUCGUUGCAAAGUACAGUGAGUUUGAACUGUAUUACAAUGAAACGCUCCUACGUCCGUAGUGCAAUUAGUAGUGAUCGCGAUUCAAAUGCAUGACUGCAAUCAGCCUAAAUAAGAGGUUACAUUGAUCUAAAACACUUCACUCAUGACAAGAGAGGUGUCUAUAUUUCACGCGAUGCUAUAAGUUUGAUUCAUUUAUAAAGACCAGAUGAAUUUAAACAAGGUGUAAUAAAUCUCUUAAAUGUCCCAAUUAUUCAUUAACGAUGUCAGCAUAACAGUGUGCCAGUUUUUCAUUAAUUUUUCGGCCCACCCGUGUAUGGUUUUAUGCGACAGUUGGCUAGCAUGGUGCUUCAUCCAAUGUUUUUGUAUGCGCGAAUACUGUAUGCGAGCCCCGAGACUGCUUAUUGGUGAGUUAAUAUCGUUCUUCGUGUGACAUUAGUACAAAAUUAUUUACGUGCCGUUGCCCGCGUUAUAAUCAUGACGAAUUUAAUAUCCCCCACUCCGUUUAGCUGCAAUCGUGACAAUUUGCAGGACGAAACAAUAAUUUGUCCUCAAUUACGUGCCAGAAUGUUAUUUGUAGUUUUUUGAAUUAUAUUUUUUAAGAAACAAACGGUGAAAGGGAUCAAUUCAGUUUUUGCUGAAAUUCCCCCAAGCAUAGAUUUUUUUAUUGAUGUGAUUUUGAUAGUACGCCAAUUAUUUAUCCUUUUUUUAGUCUAUAAUGCUCAUUUUUAAAUAUUUACCAUUUACAUGUUAGAUAAGUAAUAGUUUUAAGUUGGUUUUACAUUGCAUAUAUCUAUCUUUUUUAUAGAUGAAACUAUAAUCUGGUACCUUAGUCACGUAGGAUAUAAAAGUGUAGCGUCCUUCAAAAGCUUGUCUCUCGAUUAGACAUAGGUUCCGAUGGCUAAUUGUUACGCACAAUAAUAAGGACCGUACGGCUAAGAUAGCAAUGUGAACUUUUAGCGUGAUUUCGGUUUGUCAAAUGAAAUCCCAAAAAAUAUUUCAUGUGCAACUUAUAUGUGUAACUUACAGAAUUAUUAGGAAUCAUUUGUCGGAAAUUCACAACGCUACCUUAAGUCGUUUUAUUUUAUGCGUUUAUAUCUUUUAUAUAUCGACGAUCGUUGAGUUCAGAUUCAUCUGAGAACUCUGAUUGUGAACAGCGAGAAUUUUAACAAUGACUUUAAAGAAAUAAUAUAAAGUAACAACAUGCUUCUGUCGCUUUCGAUGUGUUUAAAUUUGGUGCAGUUGUUACCAUUUUACAAAUUAAUAAUGCAGAAAAAUUAUAUCUAAAAUGUUUAACUUAAAUAAUUGAAUAUUGUAAGAGAUGAUGGUAGCGACUACCGCCGAAUAGGUACAGAACACGCGAUGGAAUUAAAAAAUUAGAAUUACUAAAUUUCAACUCUAGGUAUAUUUUAGUUUAGAGUAAAUUGGCCUAUGGCGUAUAAAGUUUAUAGUUCCAUUUAAUUGGCUGCAUUUCACCUCGUGUUUUGGACCUAAUAGAAUAAUGGUCUUAUCGAGAAGUAAACAUCGAUGGAGGCACUCAUCGGUGUCAGUACUUAGUUAGCAUUAACAUUUAGUCAAGACUUGAAAUUAAUAACUUCGAGUGCUCGUUGACCCAAUGUAGAUAUUUAUUUUUGUUAUUGUAUUGUGCCCAAAAUUAAUAUUUAUGGAAACAUAUGAUAGAGUUUUAAUCGUAAAAUGUUGGAAUACAUAAGCCAAUCAAUCAUUAUUCGUAAGAACGACGUCGGAGUUUCAUCCGUAUCCCUGUAUUUCGUUUAGUAUGUCCCCUCCCCAACAUGCAAGGCAUUUAAACUGUGUGUAUUAUAGAGCAAGUCCGAUUGAAACCGUUGACAUGUGAUGACAAUGAAUAAUGUAAUAUAGACGCAAAGGCCGGGCUCUAAACGAGUUUCUAAAAGUAUAAGGCCAUGGCGCGAAACUUUCGACUCCACCGUCUCGGACUAAUAUUUUUAUCAAAAUGUACCGUUUAACGACAAUGUCCAUAAUACGUGCUUCUCGCUGUAGUGACUAGUAAGUGCAUGAAAGCAAGUUUUAAGAAAUCGGAAGUGCUAUAAUCUAUUAUAAUCGAAUAUUUAAAUAAUUAAGUUAUGAUUCUCCAAUAUUGUGGAAGAUGUAUAAUAUUUUUUACUAAUAAAUUUAAUAUUGUAAUU